AUGACGACUGAUUCCGAGUCCUCGGCUGUCGCUCUGCAGCGCUACAUUGCCUUUGUCGAAGAGAUUCUGCGUCCGCAACUUAGGCAAACACUCGCUCAUCGUGAUGCAUUAGCUCAGGAGGUGCACGAAUACCAGAAAUUGCGUGAAUUGUUGCAGGAAUUGACCCAUUCAAAGCUUCAGUCAUUGCAAACAUUGCUCGAUAUUGGAGAGCGUUUUCACGCGCGUGCUAAGGUGGAUGACACGUCACUCGUUACAGUGGACAUUGGUCUGAAUUUCCACGUAGAAAUGACGGUCCCAGAAGCUCAAAUAUUUGUACAGAAGCAUUUAUUCGACUUGACUGAGUAA